AUGGACGGCUUUGAGCAAGCAUAUGUAGCAAUAUUCAAUCCUGAUGGCUACCUGGCCAGUGACCCGAUCAGCGCUGGCUUCCCGAUCAGUGCAGUACGGCUGACAGAGACGAGGUGCUUCGAGUUCAUCCUCCGCAUCGACGAGGAACCCCUCAGCAUCAAGCGGCUACCUGACAAGUUCGCCGAGUUCGUCGACGCUGCCGAGCCGGCCGAGUUGCAGCUGCGGGAUGCCAGAUGCGGCUUUUGCUGGUGGCUUGUGGAGGUCUUGUUCGACGGGAAGGGCAAGAUGUAUCUGCACAUCGGAAGGGACCGCGCCCACAACCUCGAGGCCGGUUGCCUGCUCACCUUCCUCUACAAAAACAACAACGAGAUGAUCAUUAAGGUGUUCGAUAAAACAUCCUGCUGCAGGCACUACCACACGGACGAUUCUGACGAGGACACCGACAACUAG